AUGGCAUCUCAUAGGAAAUGCAUUGAACGCAGUGCGCGUCGCCCGACCACUUUUGGCAAUGUUAGUCCUGAAAUUUCUGCUUUGUGCAUUAACAAGUGCGCUUGCGAUGAAGCAGCACGCGCCCUCGGGGACCAUGGUCGACUUUACAGAUGCCAAGGUUCAAGGUCAUCUAGACGCGUUGGUGCGCAUGGCUCAGUCGUGCGUGAUCAAGGUUCGAGCCACGCCGAAGGACGUGCGAGCGUACUUCACCAACUCCUCACCCGUUUCGCGCUCGGGCCAAUGCUUUGCUGCCUGCAUGCUUGAGCAGAGUGAUGUGGUUAAUCAUGGAAAGAUAAACAGGGAGCUGUUAGUCCACCUAGCCAGCUUGGUGAACGGCAAGAACUCCCGCGUGGUGAGGAAGUUAAACAGCGUCUCCCGGCUUUGCCUGGACAGUAUAGACGGAAUGUCUGAUAGAUGCCAACUAGCUUCCACCUAUAACGACUGCCUGAAUGAAAACAUGAUCGAAUUCGCCUUCCCUCUAGAUAUAGCUGAGGAGGCAGUUAGGAAGAUGCCCUUUCAUCUAAUACAACCUAAGUAACUUACCUCAAGAAAUGCGGCCGGCAAAUUAUUGAAUUUGUUUAAUAAAUUUUAUUAUCAUCAUCAACCACGUAAAGUCCACUACUGAACAUAGGCCUCCCCCAAAGAUUUCUAAACGGACCUGUUGAAAGCGGCCUACAUCCAACGUGUUCCUAAAUAAAUUUUAUACGUUAUUA